AUGAAUCAGACAACAGAGAUCUAUCGGGACUUCUUAACAGAAGCCUUAAUCAAGAACAUGGUAACCGUGACUGUCUGUGUCUCCAUCAUCUACAUCAAUGGGAUGCUGGUGCACAUCUUCACCAGACACCAGAUUUUCUACACGAAUCCCCGGUACAUCCUGUACAUCCACCUGGUCAUCAACGACAUUAUCCUGUUGAUAGUGUACAUCCUGCUCCAAGCCCUGAUUUACAACUCAUCUGGAAUCAACAUCUCAUUAUGCAUCAUUCUGAUCAUGGCGGCUGUUUUGUCCAAUCAGAACAACCCUCUGACCAUCGCUCUGAUGUCUGUAGAGUGUUACGUGGCCGUUUGCUUCCCUCUCCAUCACUCACAGAUCUGUUCUGUCAGGAGGACGUACGUCCUGAUCGCUCUGAUCUGGCUGGUCAACUCACUUUCAAUCCUUCCAGAUGUGUUUGUCACAUUGGGAACAGAAACCACAGAUUUCCUUCUUUCGAGAAAGAGGUGCCUGAGGAAAAUUGUUUUUAAGAACAUUAAUCUGGAAAUUAAGAGGCCGAUAUCUGAUAUUUUAUUUUUAGUACUUAUUUGGUUCACUGUUUUCUUUGCAUACUUCAAGGUUUUGUUUGCUGCAAAAGCAGCUAUUGCGAAUGCUAAGAAAGCUCGAAACACCAUCCUGCUUCACGGUUUUCAACUGCUGCUCUGUAUGCUCAACUUCCUGUUGAACCUGAUCUUAGAAGGACUGGCUGUCAUUUUUCCCAGAAAUAUUGCAAAUGUUCACUUCGUGCUUGCAUUCUUCAUCCACAUUUUGCCUCGACUCAUCAGUUCAAUAGUUUAUGGGAUAAGAGACAAGACGUUCAGGAAGUACCUGAAGAGGUAUCUGCUCUUCACAGAUAAUGCAAAUAUUCAUCCACUAAAGACUCAGAAAAGGUCAUUAUUAACAUUCAUUCAUUUCCGUGACAAUGAUUUCUAA